AAUUCAAUGCGCGCCAGGGCGGGAAAAUAGAAAUAUUAUCAACACGAAAGAAAUGCGAAGAAAGUUCUUCUGCCUUUGUUUGUGAAAAUGUCGUGGGAUUCAGUUGAAGUUGGCCUUGCAGGUGGGGAGGAGACUGUGAAUUUCGGUCCUCGUAAUGAGACGGGGUCUCCAUUGUAUCAAGUUGAUACUUUAGCGAGUAUUUCGCCGAGAGGCACGGUCGACGUGUUGCCAUUUUUUUGUGGGGCGACGUCACAGGAUGGUUUCUGUUUUGUGGUAUCCAAGCACGUUAGGUUGUUCAACCCGAGUUGCACGAAGCUGGAAGCCUCUUUCACUUUCGAGGUGGAAGUGGAUGUGGUAGCUUGGAGUGAUGACUCUUUGUUUGUGGUUGUUGGGGAUAGAUCUGGCUCCAUUCACUUCAUACAUUUUCCUUCAAAGAAAAUAAUAUUUUCUGAGAAACUUAUUCAAGAGAUUGAUGAAAGCUCAACAAAAAGUGCUGUUUUUCUGAAUGUCAAUUUCUCACAGCAUAACCAAGAUGGUAGCAGCAAGCUGGUGUUAUUGACAGCAUCAAGAAAACUAUUUGAGUUUUCCAAUUUGAAGAUGGAUGAACUGAAUGCAGCCAUCGAGUCUCAAGAUUUUGGUUCUAUGAAGCAUCUUCAUGAGUCUAUGACUAUCAGAUGCACAGAUGUUUCUCUGGCACAUGAGCAGGACUACGUUCAUGGAGUGGUGCCUUUCUCCUUUAAUGGGACUUCAGCGCUUGCAACAUAUGGAAAUGGUCUCUGUGUCUGGGGACAGGAUCCCAUGCAAGAAGAGAGCCAAUACCUUGCUCUUUUUGAGAAGCUGAGCUCCUUCAUUUUAGGUUCAGGUAUUUUAAAGGUAUGCCAAACAAGCCAUGGGGAUUUUCUUGUUAUUUUGGAUGACAGGAAUAUCCUGAGCCUGUGGGAUGCUGAAUCACUGACAUUGGUAGCGACUUGGCCUCACAUCAGUGUAGAAGACUUUCUGCUUAUCAGUGCUAGUGAUAUGGAGUCAACAGGGGAGGGAUCAGAUGAAGAUGAUAAGAUUGUCAUUAUGACAAAACCUGCAGAUGAAAAGGCCAAUCAGUUCCUCCAAAUCCUCAAACUUCCUUCCAUGACUCAGGUUUAUUCAUUGCAAGUGGCCAACUGCAGAAUACCACAAGCUCCUAGCAACCAGGAAACAAUUUAUUUCAUUGAAGGUAUCUUAGACAGAGAUGAAGAUUCUACAGCUCUGAGGAUCCGAUGCCUAACUGAGUCCCUCCCAGAAAAUAGGCUUUUUCGAUUGCUACACAAAGGAAAGUUUGAUGAAGCUGAGAAGUUUGCUCGUCAGUUCAACCUUGAUGAGGAGCUUGUGUUCAAAGUGAAGGCAAACUCACUAUUUGACACACUGUCGAAAUCAAGUGGACAAGGUGGCGAAAGCAGCUUGCUACAGCUGCAAGAAUGUCUAUCCAAAAUAAAGGAGGAUGAGUAUGUUGUCGAAAGUUGCUUGCAGGCUUUGGCACCUACCCUCGAGGACACCUUUAAUAUACUGAGCUAUGCCAGGAAGAGGGUCUUGGAAAAGGCAUCGCCAACAUUGAAAAGCCUUUCCCCAUCUCAUUGCCUGCUAAACAAGGUUCUCCAGGUACGAGAUCGCCUAGCAACAUUCCAGAAGGCGUACGGUGUGGCCAACUUCAGCGGCCCUCGCUGGCACAGCUUUCGCAGUGCUGACCUGUUUAAUGAAGUGGUAAAGUGCUUCGGUUAUGGAGAGGUCCACAGCGCGGUCACCAUUUGGGCAAGACACCAGAGUGAGUUCGAGGCGAGCAUGGGCAAGCUCAACGCACUGCUCAUGUCCAUCCCUCAAGACCUGACGUCCUCCUUGCUGCUUCCCUGGCUGCGUGAUGACCUCGUACCUUUCGUGCUACGAAGGCUGCCCAAAGGAACGGAUAACCUAGCGCUGUGGCUGGAACAGCGUGCGCGUAAUAUGGAGAUCACAGAAAAGUCUGGUUGGCCAAAAAACGCAUUAGAGCUGGCGAGUAUCCUUGAAGCGCCUUCUGUGAUGGUCACCAAAGUUGCAGUAAAAAACGAGAAGAGCGGUAGCCCGCUAGAACAGGCUGUACCAAUGCCCAGCGCUUCUUCUAACGGCAUGACGCGCCUUACCUUGCUGAUAUGUUACCUCCGAGAAGUGCUGGACCUCCACACCAAGUACAACUGCCCCAUCAGCCUCUCCGACUACUCUCAGGAAACCACCCGCACCCUAGUGUUCCGUUUACUGGACAGUGUCAAGGCCACCGAACUGAUCGUUCCGUCCAUGACCAAGUACAUCGGGCCGUACAUGACCCACCACGGCCUGGACAGGGACACCGUCUUACUGGAAUAUAUCAAGAAACUGUACGUCAAGGUCCAAGGCAACUACUGGUCGCUUUCACGCCUGUUGCCCGAAGCUCGCGUCCUCGCCGUCAUCUCGUGCAUCAAGGAUAAGGAGCUGUACUGUCAAGCCGCCCUGGAGGUGAUGGCGAACUCGGUGGUGCCGUGGAGUAGUGCUGUGGACAAACUCGUGCAAGAAGUCAUGGCCGCCAAUCCCAAUAAUCUAUAUCUGAAGGAGCAGUGGCGGUUUGUGGAGUUGCGGAAAGUGCUCUCUCGAUACGGCAUGAAGGGUACUGCCGUGCCCGUGGCGUCCGCUGCGCAGAGAAUCGUGAGAAUAAUCUUGUCGCGCGAUGAACCAACUGUUAUGGAAGACGCCCUUCAGGUGAUCAAGGCGUAUUCUCAUCUGUCGGAGUACGAAGUUUACAUGUUCAGACUUCAAAGGCUGUGCAGAGAAGACAGGCCUGCCGAGUGUUUAGAACUGCUGGACUCGGUGCAAGAUCAAGAUGCAGCACGAUAUGUGGACGAGCUUCUUACCUACCUAUGUGAAACACUAAGCGAACAACACUACCCAGAAUUGGACUCUGAGACCGAACAUGCCUCAGCUGCAAGAACCGCGAUAACCCUCAUGAAGUACGCCCUAAAACGGGAUUUACCAACACUCCAUGACGUUAAAGAUACCUUACCUUCACUGGAAAACAUAUUAUACUUACAGAAAGAGUUUUCAGAGUUCUUCUCUCUGCCGAUGUACGACGAUGAUGAAGGGAGAAUUCAGUUAUUCCAGAAGUACCUUGAUAUGUAUCUACUUCAGCCCCGGUCCCCCGAGAGAACCAAGGAGCAAAAUAACAAAGGCCAAACACUGACUUUAACAAGGCUUAAAAGGUUGUGUAGAUUGCUGAAGGUGUCCGAAGAGGAGCUCAUGUCUCACUUUGCAGCCAACCUCAACAUCAAUAUACACACUUCCCUGGACAUGUGUAGAGAGAUGCUCGAGUGUUCCCCCAACCCGUCGAUCGCCAGAGUCGUCUUUGAAGUAGUUCAUAGGAUAUAUGACCGUAUCACGGAAGGCUUUGUCCUGGCGCUAGACGAGAACAAGAACUCGUCACAGCUCACCCGCGUUCUCCACCAGUUGCUGUGCGUGUGUACCACAUGUUGCGACCCUGGCUUGUUGUGCGACUGCAUGGAGCUGUGCAAGUGUGCUGGCGUGAUGGACGAGUUGUAUCUUCAGUGCGAUACGGGCGAAUAUGGAUUCUCCAUGAACGAACAGAGCUCUAAAAGCGAUCCCCUUCGUGCGUUGAUAUUCAGCAAUAAAUUCAAAGAGGAGGGCCUGGUACUAGACUCGUCCCUAGCUCUCCCUCUGGCAGCAAAGUACACAGCCGCCACAAUGUACACAGCAAUUCCGGUUAACCAAGGGAAGCACUCUUCCAUUGUUCCAUUUCAACAGCUGAGGAUGGCUGGACAAAUAGCACAUACAGAUCUAACGAUCGACCCAAUCAAACGACUCAGUGCGGCAGGGAUUGAGAUUCUGGCCUACCUCCAGGAAAACAACCUACAAAAACUCGCUUGCAAGUAUGCCAAUGAGACUUUAGGUACUAUUUUACAACAUUACGCCGCCAACUCUUACUUGCUCUCGGAGGGCAUUUCGUUACCUCCACAUUUGGAGUCCCUCAAAACCCAACAACAACAGUACUUGCCUGCUGUAGUGCGCAUGACUAUAGAGCUUGAAGGAGGACUCUUAGUCAAGGUGUUCAACUGUAAAUCAAUUGAUAAGGACCUAGGCUUGGGCUACCUGUGCUCCAUCCCUCGCCAGCUUGUGAUGGAGAAGCUCACAUCAAAGAUGAUGUUCCGAGGUCAGAGCUACACCAAGAUCAAGGUCCUCUCUCAAGUCGGCAGGGUGUACGCAAAGUUCAUUAACGACACGAAGCUCGAGGAAGCUUGCAGUGCGCUUACGCGUAACGCCUUGUGGGGGGAAAGGCUCAGCGCAAUCAAGAUCUACAUACAGGACGUUUAUAACGUCAAUCGUGAGGAGAUAAGUCAACUUCUACCAAAACUCAUCCAAGACAAGUCGGCCACAGUCGAAAUGAUAAAGGAUUUCUGCAGGUCAUUCAAGGUCGCGGAGGAGGAGGCCUUGCUACACUAUGUCAAGACACUGCUUCUUCCCACUGCAAACCCCCUCCCGCAAGCACAGAAGCCCCGACUGGGCCACACCCCUGGCAUCAGUAAAGGGGCAGAGUACGAGGCCAAGGUAGACGAGGUCGUGCAAUUCAUCCCAAGCCAGCUGCUGCUGCAACUUUUGAUGGAGAUCUUACCAAAGGUUGAUCAGUAUGAUUAUACAAGGCUGUUGUACGUACUGAACUUAGCUAAGAGAUCUACAACAGGAGACACGGCUACAGUCGAUGAGGCCAUCAGCCUGCUGGGUUACCUUGUCCAUUAUGAACGUGUUGCUCCGCCAUCCAAGUACGAGAUCAACUUCCUGCACACAAGCAAGUCAGAUGAGGACAAGAUUCCCCUGUCCUCUACAAGACCGCUGUCUCCGCUUGCGCAGACCAGGCUCCCCUUUCACUCGUUGCUGUACGGAGAUCCGUGGAAAGUGAUAACUCCUGAGCUGUCUAGAGAGACUGUGCCGAAGCUUGUAGGUGUGGCCAAAAUACUCAAGCUCUCUGUUGACAAGAUGUACUUGGCAGCCAUACAAAAUCUGUUCAAGGCUCCGGUUUCCAAGCGACGACACAGCUCUGAUCUACCGGAUACCAUCCUGGACCUUCCCGACCCUGAGCCCGAGCAAAUGGUUCGGUUUGACUUUGAGGAAGCGCAAGAACUUCUCUUUGCUGUGAAGACCAAGGAAAUCUCAGUCGCCGCGGCACGAUGGGUGUCGGAGCAGCUCCCUUUAGGAGAAGAUAAAGUCAAGGUUCUCCAGGCGUGCGUAGGACUGGCAAAUGAGUGGGUGGCGUCAGCAUCACCAGAGAACUCCGAGAAAGCGAACUUGACGUACACGCGGGUGCUGAAGCUAAGUAGGGGCGUGGCUACACAACACGUGCUUCACAAGUACUCCAUAGCAGAACCCGCCUUAGUCGCCAUAGUAACGCAGCCGGCAAAGCUGAUUUGUCAGCUGUACGAGACUCGUGGUGCGAGAAACAAAGAGGAGCUCAACCAACCGCCAGAUAUCCACAAGGCAUCUGAUGAGAUCGCAAGUAUUAACAACAGUAACGUGGAUAAGAUCCGACUCUAUCUGCUGGAGCAAUGGCUACCAGCUUCACCGACUUCGACAGAUUUAAACGAGUCGUCUGAUCAGCUCAGCAUUGGUGAAGAUGAUGAAAACAGCGAAGACGCUAUGAACUUAAAAAGAGUCAUCUACUUGCUGCACUACACGCAGACGAAAAGUAUCUUGUUUCUACUCAGUUCCGCUUUCAAGCAAACACCCUCGGCUAAUAUGACCAACCUGUGCCGUCUGCGAGCCCUUCGCGCUCUGUUCGCUAUUGCGGCGGACCAGGCGAUCGAAGAAGUCGGCAAGAAGUCUGUAGCUUCCAUCAAGCAGUACAUGCGACACUUGGUCUUCCUGGCAGAGUUGGAGGCGUUGCAUAGCGCUCAGACACUCAGCGCAUUCCAGAAAUGCAAUAAGGAAGGGCUUGUCAGAGGUGUAUGGCGGAAUCACAGCCACGAGAAACGAGGAGUGCGCUUAGUGGCCGAGCUCUCGCUAGAAUACAAGAUUUACGACCCCCAACUGUGGAACACUGUGCUACUGCAACUUCUUAGAUUCAACAUGAUCAGAUAUCUGCGUCACGUUCUGGUGAGCUUGGCUGGCGUUCCAGACAUGUGGCAGCUGCCGUGUCUUCCUGAAGUAUGGAGAAAGGUCGUUUUGGCGCCAUUUGAAAAUGUGUCGCCGCCACUCUCACCGGACGAGCUCUCUUCCUGUCAUGACUCGGCGUAUCUUCUGCAAAGGUGCCCCCUUCUACUGGACCUUGACAUCCCUCCCAUCGCGACCCAAUUCCACCGAGUAGGUCUGCAUGGCCACGCCCUCAGCUGUCUCAUGAUGAUUCCGCAGACUACACUCCGCAACACUUGCAUUAAGGAACUUUUGGAUCAAAAGUGUGCAGGCCAGAUCCUUGACCAGUUGCUGCAGCAGCGGAUUCUCUUGCGGACAGACGCGGUACAGGAAGAAGUGUUUAUGUACAUUGAAUCCACCAAUCAACACGAGCUGUUGGUUGGAUCUCCUCAUUUCAAGAGUUUCUACAAAUUUCUCAUCCAAACCGACAAACUCGAUGCACUGUUGCCAAAAAUUAUACAAGCCGGCAGGUUGGAAAAUGCGAUGCAGCUCGUUCAGCUCUAUCACAGCGUUCAUCCGCAUUCUCGUUCAGCAAAGUUCGUACAGCUAGCUUCCGGUCAACUGACACCUUACGAGGAGUUGCUGGCGUUCCUCGAAAUCAAGGACCUAAUGAACCAGGUACGCUCACACUUGCCUGAACAAGAGCCUCGUCCUGAUAACGAGGAUGAGCAGAGCAACGAGCUUUCAACACUAGAAGACCACGAGGGCGGGCAAGCCGACCCUAGACAGCUAAGCUUUGAUCUCAGUUAUGUAGAGUGAGUUUGUGUUCGUAUAGUGGAGAGUCUACAGGACUUGACUGUGGGACAUGACCUCUCUACAACAGGCAGUCUGGAUGGCAGAUGCGCAUCAGCGGCUAUCUAUUCAUUUUGACAUCAAUAGAUCUUAGCUAGCUGACAUAAGAGUAAAGUGACGAGUAAAUAGCAAAAAUUGGAUGA